UGGGUGCUCAGCCCUGGCUGCCAGGCUGGCCUGGGCGCCUCGGGAAGCAACAUGACUUAGGUGGCUCUGCCAGAGGCGCACCAGUCACGAUGCAGCAGCCGCGAGUGGAGACGGAUGCCAUCACCGGUGGGGCCGGCGAGGGGCCGCAGCGGGCAGUGCCCUGGUCCACCUGGGUCACGCGGCAGGACUGGGUGCGCUGGUGCUUGUGCCACGUGCCCCGGAGCUGGGCCCACUGGUGGGGCACAUCUGGCUGGCGGCAGCCUCUGCAGCGCAUAUUGUGGGGUCUCGAGGGGAUCCUCUACCUGCUGCUGGCGCUGAUGCUGUGCCACGCGCUCUUCACCACCGGCUCCCACCUGCUGAGCUCCUUGUGGCCCGUGGCGGCUGCGGCGUGGCGCCACCUGCUGCCGGCCCUCCUGCUGCUGGCGCUCAGCGCUCUCCCCGCCCUGCUGCUCACCGCCUCGUUCCUGCUGCUCUUCUCCACGCUGCUGAGCCUCGUGGGCCUCCUCGCCUCCAUGUCUCACCCAGGUCACACUCAGGACUUGGACCAAUAGAAGGGCAACCCCA